AUGGCUCUAGCAAUCGCUCUCUCCAUAGGUCUCACUUAUCACUUCGUGCGAAAUGCUUAUGACACCUCACACAAUGGAAAGGAUCACCCUGGAGGUCAUGACAAUUCUCCUUCUGCAGAAGAACUACGUCUUCCGAAAAGCAAGAACGUUUCGGUAUUCCUCAUUUGCCUUGAGAGCUUAGAUGGUGCGGUGGAAAGAGGCGUCACAUACGGCUCGGAAGCCAAAUGGGUUGAAUCUUAA